UGAUAGCAGAGAAACACAAAAAUCUUUCCUUUUGAUCUUUUCUCACAAGUUGACAGAUAAACUACAACCCAUAGUCUCUUGUUCAGACAUUAAAGAUCGAAGUUACUUUUGUCUGACAGAUGCAGGUCUUCGCCAACUUCGAUUUCCAGCCUUCGGCGUUCGCUCACGCCACCGGAGAGAUACUCAUUUCUCCGGUAGGCCACCGGGACGAAUCUUUCGUUAACUUCACGGAGGCGCUUGAAGGCGCAAAUGAUGACUCGCCUCCUACCUUGGCGGCUGUGAAGGUACAGAAGGUUUACAGGAGUUAUCGCACGCGCCGGAGAUUAGCGGACUCUGUGGUUGUUGCCGAAGAGCUCUGGUGGCAAGCGAUGGAUUAUGCGAGGUUAAAUCAUCGUACAAUCUCAUUUUUCGAUUACUCAAGACCUGAAACUGCAGUCUCCAGAUGGAAUCGUGUGAGCUUGAAUGCUUCUAAGGUGGGGAAGGGUCUGUCCAUCGUCGACAAGGCUCAAAAAUUGGCGUUUCAGCAUUGGAUUGAAGCUAUUGAUCCUAGGCACCGGUAUGGACACAACCUACAUCUGUACUAUGAAGAAUGGUGUAAAGCUGAUGCGGGCCAGCCAUUUUUCUACUGGUUGGAUGUUGGAGAUGGGAAAGAUCUAGAUCUUAUAGAUUGUUCAAGGUCGAAGCUUAAGCAGCAAUGCAUCAGAUAUCUUGGUCCUCAAGAGAGGGGAGAAUAUGAGUAUGUGAUCAUCGAUGGGAAGAUUGUUCACAAGUUAACAGGAAAUUUUCUACACACGAUGCACGGAUCUGAGGGAACAAAAUGGAUAUUUGUUAUGAGUACUUUUAAGAAACUCUAUGCCGGUCUGAAAAAGAAAGGAAGGUUCCAUCACUCAAGCUUUUUGGCCGGAGGAGCUACACUAGCUGCAGGGAGGGUGGUCGUUGACAAUGGAGUUCUCAAGACAAUUUCUGCAUACAGCGGACACUACAGGCCGUCAGAUGAUAGCCUGGAAACCUUUCUCUCGUUUCUCAGAGAGAAUGAAGUGAGCCUAGACAAUGUUGAGGUGCACAAAGCUAGUGAAGAUUCAGACAAUUACGAUGAUUACAUUAAACCCAAUAUUGAAGAUGGAACCAAAUCUUUAAAGAAAGAGCAUGCAACGUCAUCCAAUGAAGAGACUGAAACGGAUGAAAACAGCAACGAAACACUUGAGGAGACAAAAGGGUGUACUUACCAGAGAACGCUCUCAGGUGGUGGGGUUGAGAGCCCAAAAUCUGAUGUUCCAGAGAAAGCAAUGCUACAAAGGAUCAACUCAAAGAAACAGUCAAAAUCAUUACAGUUGGGUCAUCAGUUGAUGCUGAAAUGGUCGACAGGAGCCGGUCCAAGGAUCGGUUGUGCAGCUGAUUAUCCAGUUCAGCUCAGAACUCAGGCUUUGGAGUUUGUAAACUUAUCGCCUCGAUACCGGACCAGCACAUUGUCUCCGACCGGGAGGCUUGAUCUUUGA